AAUACCAUUUAUCUUGCUGUUUAAGUGUUUUCUGGUUAAAGCGCAAUGAUGAUCCCCACUCAGCAGAACCCGCCCGGGUCGGACUCCUCUCUCAGCCGGGCGGCUCACACCUCGGUUGCCGUCGCCCUCGGGUUCAUCCUGGUCCUGGGCAUCCUCGGCAACUUCCUGCUGCUGCUGGUUUUCUCUCGCUACCCCGGACUGCGGACUCCAGCCAACCUGCUCCUGGUCAACAUCAGCGUCAGCGACAUGCUGGUCUGCCUCUUCGGGACGCCGCUCAGCUUCGCGGCCAGCGUGCGCGGCAGGUGGCCGACCGGGUCGUCUGGGUGCCGCUGGUACGGCUUCUCCAACGCGCUCUUCGGAGUUGUUUCUCUGGUGUCUCUCUCUCUGCUGUCUUUUGAGCGGUACUCCAUGCUGCUCAGCGGCUCCCAGCUCAACUCCUCACAUUAUCGCAGAGCCAGACUCUCCGUAGCCUUUUCCUGGCUCUACUCACUGGCCUGGACUUUGCCACCACUGCUGGGCUGGAGCAGUUACGGGCCAGAGGGUCCCGGCACCGUCUGCUCGGUCCAGUGGCAGUGCCGCUCCGUCACGGCUCGCUCCUACAUCAUCUGCUUGUUCAUCUUCUGCCUCCUCCUGCCCCUGCUGCUCAUGUUCUUCUGCUACGGCCGGAUCUUGCUGGCGGUCCGAGGCGUGACGAGACAGGCGGCUGGUCUCAACGAGUCGCAGGCCGAGGGUCGGGUCCUCCUGAUGGUGGUCGCCAUGGUGACAGGCUACCUGCUGUGCUGGACUCCAUACGGCGUCGUGGCGAUGCUUGCCUCGUUUGGACGCCCAGGAGCGGUGCCGCCUGCGGCUGCUUUGAUUCCCGCUCUGCUGGCGAAGACCAGCACCAUUCUCAAUCCGGUCAUAUGUGUGCUGCUCAACAACCAGUUCUCCAGAUGUCUCCUCCACAUGAUCAGCUGCAGUUCGGAGGAUUCUUCAGCCGACGUAUCGAGCAGCAGAAGCAUCUGGGCUCAGAAAAAGCCAACAGAAGAGCCAAACACGGACCCUGCUUUGCUCCCAUCCACAGACCACAAUGUUCAGCUACAUGUGCAGGUCUAA